AUGGUCGGAAGACGAUCCCUUGCUGCCUUCGCUCAUGGCCGCGCCAGCUCCAAGACCAAGAAAGAAAAUAACCCCUUUCGACCCAAGCCUACAGCCUUUAAAUUCCAGGAUGCCGGGAACAAGGCGAUAGAAGAUGAGCGGAGGAAAAGAAUCAAGGACAAACUCAUCGACGCCGUGAAGGGCGAUGAGCUGGAGAGGUUCAGAAAGACAGACGACCAGAUCAAAUCCAUCAAGAACAAGGGCGUCAAGAAAUUCUACGAAGCUCAAAAUGAUGCCUUAGGUGACUGGCUCGAGGUUGACUCGGUCGUCAGGAGUAUAGCGGACGAUAUUCUCGAGUCCUUCGACCCAGACAGAGACCAUGACGGCAUCCUUGAGCAUGGUGGUACACUACAGGCGCAGAAUGAGGACGUAGAGGCUUUCUUGCCGGAGGAGGAGCGGACGAAGCGGAGCAAGGCCGAGAGAUCCGCCAAGAGGGCGAUCAAUGUCAACGUCGUGGCCAACAUCUUUCUCUUGGCUGCAAAGAUCGUCGCUUGCUUUUUCUCCUCCUCGCUGUCGCUGAUCGCGUCUACUGUCGACUCAGCUCUCGACCUCCUCUGCACUGUCAUUGUAUGGACGACCAACCGCCUGGUGCAAUGGAGACUGAACUCUCUAGAGCGCCGCUUUCCGGUCGGCAGACGCCGUCUCGAGCCACUAGGUAUCUUAGUGUUCUCCAUCUUCAUGAUACUCUCUUUCGCCCAGAUCCUCCAGGAAUCCGUCGAGAAGCUUCUUCCCGACGGCGACCACACGAUCGUGGACCUCGGCGCCAUUGCGAUGGGCGCAAUGAUAGCCACCAUCGUCGUCAAGGGCAUCAUAUGGUUCGGCUGCAUCCGGGUGAAGACGACGCAGGUGCAAGCUCUGGCGCAGGACUGCCAGACGGAUGUGUACUUCAACACGCUAUCCCUCAUCUUCCCCCUCAUCGGCAAGCAGGUUGGCGUAUGGUGGCUGGACCCCGUCGGCGCUGGAAUCCUGUCGCUCUUCAUCAUCUGGGACUGGGCCGGCACUGCGUUUGAGAACGUCACUCGGCUGAGCGGUUCCGCAGUCGAUGACAGGCUGUUUAGGAAGAUCAUCUUCUUAGCGUGGCGGUUCGCUCCCAUCGUUGAGGGGUUCAAGAGUAUCAAGGCGUAUCAUGCUGGCGAUGGCGUCUGGGUCGAAGUGGAUAUACUGCUGCAUCCAUACACCCCGCUCAUGAGCUCCCAUGAUAUCGCCGAGACACUGCAGUAUUGUCUAGAGGGGUUACCUGAGGUUGACAGGGCAUUCGUGACCACUGAUUACACGGAGUCAGGCCCGAGUGGCCACGCCUCACUCGUCAACUAAAUCAAUGAGUUGUGUUGGUCCUACUAUAAUCACCAGCUAUCUCAUAUUUCACAGGUACAGGAUCUCCGGCCAGAACAUUCGUCUCUAGGCGUAUGGAGGAGCACAGGAUAUCGCAUAUUUCACGGCAGGCAUUCAAAGAUCACUCCAGGGCGCAGGAAAUAAUUUCUUGGGGGAAAAAAUCAGGCAUUCCUCUUCGUUCAUUAUGUACAUCAAUAAACUAAAUCUUUCAC